GGGUUGAGCAGAGGACGGAUCUUUUCCAGUAAGGGGGUAUCUACAGCGUAAUAAGGAUUUUCCAGUUAAUCAUUCCAGCGCAGGUCUACAUCGGACCAUAUAAGCUGAGGAGCGCCGCUCGCAGGCAUUUCUGCCGGGAUCUGGGUGACACGCCGGGGUUACGAUGUUGCGGGUACAUGCGGCUCUGAUCUCCCUAACGCUCGUCGUUUAUUCAGACGGCAGAAGGCACUUCCUACAGGACUACCAGAAAAGCGACGGGGUGCGGCUGCUGCGGCCAGAUGAGUCCUACCUGACCAAGAGCAGGGAGGUCGAUGUCUUCAGGUGUGCAAGGAAGUGUAGCCGCAACAAGAAACUGCCCUUCCUCUGCAGAUCGUUCUACUAUGACCAGAAGAACAGGAAGUGCCACUGGCUGUCCUUUGACAGCUACACCCACGGUGCCCUGACUGAGCGCAAUAUCAACUUUGACCUCUACGAGAAAAAAGACUACGUGAGACAGUGCAUCAUCGGGGCUGGCGUCAGCUACAGGGGCAUGAGGUCCGUGACAGAGAGCGGUGUGCCAUGCCAGGCCUGGGCCUCCACCAUGCCUCACGACCACACGUUCCUCCCAGCAAGCAACAAGAAGAAGGAUCUCCGGGAGAACUUCUGCCGAAAUCCGGACAACGAACCCACCGGCCCCUGGUGCUUCACCACGGACCCCAAACUGCGGCACCAGAGCUGCAAUGUUCCCCAGUGCUCUGAAGUGGAAUGCAUGACCUGCAAUGGCGAGAGUUACAGGGGACCCAUGGACCACACAGAGAGCGGAAAGGAGUGCCAGAGAUGGGACCUGCAGGAGCCACACAGACACGCUUUCCACCCAAAAAGGUACCCCGACAAAGGCCUCAAUGACAACUACUGUCGCAACCCCGACAAUCGUCUGCGGCCAUGGUGCUUCACGCUGGACCCCCGCUCGCCGUGGGAGUACUGUGACAUCAGAGCAUGCGACUCGAACACAGUGCCAGACAUUGGCAUGACAACGGCGUGUUUCCAGGGUCGCGGUGAGACGUACCGGGGGACGGUGAGCGUGACCCCUGGCGGGGUGAAGUGUCAGCGCUGGGAUUCACAAAUUCCACACAACCACUCCUACAGCCCGCAGAACUACAAGUGCAAGGACCUGAGGGAGAAUUACUGCAGGAACCCGGAUGGCGCUGAUCUCCCAUGGUGCUUCACCACUGACCCCAAAGUGAAAAUGGCCUUCUGCACGAACAUUCCCAGGUGUGACCCUGAAUCAGCUGCGACUGACGACUGUUAUGAGGACAAUGGGGAAAACUAUAGAGGACAUCUGGCUAAGACAAGGUCCGGAAUUCCUUGUGGACAGUGGGAAGACCACAGGGAAAGAAUUAGAGAGACCUUGGCAGUGGCUGCAGAACUAGAGAGGAACUUCUGCAGAAACCCAGAUAAGGACAAGCAUGGACCCUGGUGUUUCACCAACUCGUCCUCCACUCCCUGGGACUACUGCAACAUAAAGCCUUGCAAGACGUCUCCCAAUGAAAUCCCCUCAAAAAACGAUGGGAGAAAGCCAUCUUGUUUCAUUCACAAGAGGACAAGGAUUGUGGGUGGAGCUGAAGUGCGGAUCAAGGAGGGCAGCUGGAUGGUCAGCAUACAGAAAGGAAGCCAUCACUGGUGUGGUGGGUCUCUUAUCAGAGAGGAGUGGGUCCUGACUGAUCGACAGUGCUUCUCGUCCUGCGUCCCAGAUCUUUCUGAGUACCGAGUGUGGAUGGGGUUCCACCGUUUCAACGACUCAGACAGGAAUGUGUCCACAAAACAGGAUCUGAAGAUCGCCAGCGUGGUCUGCGGACCAGAGGGUUCCAAUCUAGCCCUGCUGCGGCUGUCGCAACAAGCCCUGCUGUCUGACCACGUGCGGACGAUCCAGCUUCCCGUUGCAGGAUGUGCCGUGGAGGAGGGCACCACCUGCUCCAUGUACGGAUGGGGUGAGACCAAAGGAACUGGCUAUGAAGGGGUCAUGAAGGUCGUGGAGUUGCCGGUGGUCAGCAAUAAAGCCUGCCAUGAUUUCCACCAAGGAAACCUCCACAUCGGGGACAAUAAAAUGUGUGCCGGAGGCAGGAAGGAUGAGGGCGUGUGCGAGAGGGACUAUGGAGGACCCCUGGUGUGUAAGGAAGGGCAGAGUAAAGCUGUCCUUGGGGUUAGUAUCCAUGGGAGGGGCUGUGCGCGAGCCGGCCGUCCGGCGGUCUUCGUCAGCGUGCCGUUCUAUGCUGAGUGGAUCCAUAAGGUGCUGAAGUACUACCCCAGCCUGGAGAAGAACUUCUAGUGGAAGCACCUUCCCCAAGCCGCUGGAGAGAUGGCACCCUGAAGACGACCAUGAUGACAUCUGUGAUAUUUGGGAGCUGUUCGGAUUCGCCUUCUUUUCACGCUCAUUUGCCCAUGUGACCAGUGCCACCCAGAAGGACCUAGAUAUCUUCACAAUGGCAACGGCGACAAGCUCACAAUCUAUGCACAACUGGCCCGGGUUUCAUUCUGUGAACAGCAAUGUUCCAGUGCAUCUGUGGUCUUCAUCCUUAUUGUCACUAUGAUCUCUGUCUUAACACCAGGCUUGUAUGUUACGGUAAAACAGGGAAAAGAUGGCCGCCAUCACCUACCAGGCUCUGCUGAACAUUUUCCUCUCUGCAUGGCUAUUAUGAAAGCCCUCGAGAUGAAUCUCGCUACGCACCCUUCAGUGAUAACAGACGCUGUUGUAGCAAGAGUGGCAGCGUAGCUACUAGUGCGGAUUAAUGCGAAGCACCACCAAAAGUUGUCUCCUGAAAAUACUUGAAACCAUCCAAAAUCCCAAACACGGUGACUGUCGGCUUCCUCAGAGCUCCAGAUGUCCCUGAUCAGAGCCCCGCUUGCAUCAUUACACAGCUGUGCUGUUAGUAAUGGACUAGCGUUGCAGCCUGGUGCUGCCUAGAGGGUGAUAUAUAUACUCAGCAUUUAUGAGUGUUGCUCUCUGGCACUCCUCUCUGCGUUUUAGGUCUUAUAGAUCUGGAUGAAGAAAAUGUUACUAACUUAGAAGUAUGACUGGCCUCUUCCCCUCAGGUGAUAUUUAAUAUUACACACAAUUGGGAAGAUUAACUUAAUUUAAAACCACGCUUUACAUUUUUCAGAAGUUUGCCCAAACAAAACUUUGCAGAAAGUGGAAGUAUCUUUCAUAAGCAGAUGGACGACACACACUGUACUCUGCUGUACUGCUGUGUACAGUGCUGUACUGCUGUGUACAGUGCUUUACAGCUGUGUACUCUGCUGUACUGCUGUGUACAGUGCUGUACAGUUCUGUACUCUGUUGUACUGCAGUGUACUCUGCUGUACUACUGUGUACGGUGCUGUACUGCUCUGUACUCUGCUGUAUAGCUGUGUACUCUGCUAUACUGCUGUGUACAGUGCUUUACAGCUGUGUACUCUGCUGUACUGCUGUGUACAGUGCUGUACUGCUCUGUACUCUGCUGUACUGCUGUUUACAGUGCUGUACUGCUGUAUACAGUGCUGUACUGCUCUGUACUUUGCUGUACUGCUGUUUACAGUGCUGUACUGCUGUGUACAGUUCUGUACUGCUCUGUACUCUGUUGUACUGCUGUGUACUCUGCUGUACUGCUGUGUACUCUGCUGUAAUGCUCUGUAUCCUUCUGUACUGCUCUGUACCCUGCUGUACUGCUGUGUACAGUGCUGUACUGCUCUGUACUCUGCUGUACAGCUGUGUACUCUGCUGUACUGUUGUGUACAGUGCUUUACAGCUGUGUACUCUGCUGUACUGCUGUGUACAGUGCUUUACAGCUGUGUACUCUGCUGUACUGCUGUGUACAGUGCUGUACUGCUGUGUACAGUGCUGUACUGCUCUGUACUCUGCUGUACUGCUGUUCACAGUGCUAUACUGCUGUGUACAGUUCUGUACUGCUCUGUACUCUGUUGUACUGCUGUGUACUCUGCUGUACUGCUGUGUACUCUGCUGUAAUGCUCUGUAUCCUUCUGUACUGCUCUGUACCCUGCUGUACUGCUGUGUACAGUGCUGUACUGCUCUGUACUCUGCUGUACAGCUGUGUACUCUGCUGUACUGUUGUGUACAGUGCUUUACAGCUGUGUACUCUGCUGUACUGCUGUGUACAGUGCUUUACAGCUGUGUACUCUGCUGUACUGCUGUGUACAGUGCUGUACUGCUGUGUACAGUGCUGUACUGCUCUGUACAGUGCUGUACUGCUCUGUACACUGCUGUACUGCUGUUCACAGUGCUGUACUGCUGUGUACAGUGCUGUACUGCUGUGUACUCUGCUGUACUGCUGUGUACAGUGCUUUACAGCUGUGUACUCUGCUGUACUGCUGUGUACAGUGCUGUACUGCUGUGUACAGUGCUGUACUGCUCUGUACAGUGCUGUACUGCUCUGUACUCUGCUGUACUGCUGUUCACAGUGCUGUACUGCUGUUCACAGUGCUGUACUGCUGUGUACUCUGCUGUACUGCUGUGUACUGUGCUGUAUUGUAUGACUCUGUGUUUAACCAGAGAUAUAAGAGCAUGUCCAGGCGCUAAGUUUCUGUAUUGCUGAGUGAUUCUUAAUGCUGCCCAUUGUGCAAGUAUGAAUAGCUGGCUGGCUGUUGGCUUGGUUACUAUGGCAGGAUAAUGCUGCGUUCUGCUGGUCAGAACACAUGACGAGUGUGUGUAUGUGUGUGUGUGUGUGUGUGUGUGUGUGUGUGUGUGUGAGAGAGAGAGAGAUCCUGAUUCCCAUGAUCUGAGCCUGCUACAGACUGGCCCCAGAAUGUUGCAGAAAUCAUUACAGACUGAACAUGUUGUAUAUCAUUUAAUCUUCAUCUUUUAAUAUUUCACGGAUUGGCAGUGUGACAGUUAAGGGCUCAACCAAUGACAGAGGCUCUGGCGUGGAUCACACUGAUGUGCAGUCAGGGGGAGGCGUCUGGCCAUCCUCCUGCCAGCUGACAAACACACAUCCAUGUUUUUGUAAAAGUGUGCGUGGGGGGGUUGCAUGGAGGGUGAGGCUGUAUCCUUAGUAGCUUAUGUACAAACCAAACUGAAUUGCACUGACUGACAAUAUAAUAUUAUUAAUAAUAAUAAUAAUAAUAAUCCUAAUAACGAUGACUUGUGAUGGGCUGGCGUUCGGCGGUGGGUUAUUCCAUGCCUCACAUCUGCCUUUUGUAGACUCCCACAAAGCUACUUAAGACAAGCGUGUUUGGACAUAGAUGGACGGACAUAUAACAGUGAUGAUGAUAAUAAUAAUAAUAAUAUAUCCUACUUAAUAUGCCAUCCAAUCAUUUAAUCUUUAGGAAUUAUGCACAGGUUUUGAGGGUGUUUAUCUAUGUAUUGUACAGUAAUGCAACAAAAAACAACCAAUAAAAACAGGCUGCAAAAUACAAGCAGAGAAAACACAAUGAGUUAAAACCCAAAUAAAGUGCUUAUCCUUCUUUUCUGUCGUCCUAGCAGAACUGCCUGUCCUGUAGGUAUCUUCACAUCGUUCCCUUGGUAAUAUAAGAUCGCUCCUUGUUGGCAUUCACACCUUGCUUAUGUGGUACUCUCACUGUUAAGACACCGUUAAGAUCUGGUACGAAACACGAGUUGUUUGUAGGAUUUUGACAGGAUUUAUCAGGAUUAAUUUCCGCAGCCGGCCUACCAGGUGUCAGAACCACAGGCUCAUCACGCCAUUAAAUCUCAUUCUUUUUUGAUACAGCCUCGUUCUUUUUGCCAUCUUUUGUGGAAAUUCUGUUCCCAUUCAAUUUUUCCUACUGGUUUAUCCCUUUAAUGUCAUUCAGGGUGAACGCUUCACUUAAAAUGUGAUCCUGACCUAGAUGACGAUUUUGAAAGAUGACACACAUUUCUGAGAGUCCAGUAUUAUGAAGGGAUUUGUAAAUUACUGUAAAAUACUUCUGUGAAUAAAUUAGUGGGUUCCAUUGUAUGUUAUAGGUGUGCGUGUGUGUGUUUUUGUACUGUAUGUGCAAAAAGCUGCUAUUUAAAGGGAUAUUGUAAAUUUUAUAUCAAUACGUAUGCUCUGUGUACAGUCUAAUCUGCUUCGGGAGUAUCAUAUUAAAAUUACAAUUAAUGUGUCUGCUAUCAUUUUGGGAAACAUUUGAGUUAAACAUUUGAGCACAUUUUAAAACAUGCAAACCAUUGAGUUAUGUGGAAUGUAUAAGGAAAUGCAAUAAACUAUUUGAAGACGUAAA